GCCUUGUUAGUCGUAUUGUACAAUUAUGAUAUAUACGAAGACAGGCCGUCCACCUAUCAGUCAGCGGGUAGUAUAGAGAUCACCUACCUCUUCAGUGAUACAGAAUUUCUCACACAUACAUUAUAGAAAAAAAAAUGUUCAGGACAAGAAAAACAAUAGGACAACCCUAACCAUUAAUCUGGUGUUUGGUACCAGGGACUUCUGCAUUGUACAAGGAUGUGUUGUCACAUACAAGCUCUGGCGAUUUCCUCAGGAGAAUGAUCUGUGAUACUGGCCUAUAGAUGUGUGAUACCAGCCAACAAACAUGAUGCCAGCAAACGAAGAAAAUGGAUGUGAGAGUGGCGAAAAUGAGGGCAUCGAGGAGGACAAAGACAAUGGUAUGAACAAUGAAAACAGCUUAGAUGAUGCAGGAGGUGUGGAAAAUGAGGAUGUGGAAAAGGAGGUAGUGGAAAAGACAAACGAGGAGAUUCCACUAGAGGAGGAGGGAGAGAAGGAAGUUAUAGAGGGACAAGACUCUGAUGUGGAUAAGUCUCCUAUGUCCUCCGAUACCAUGCCACAUCACAUGGAUGGCACAGUUUCUCCUGUCAAGGAGGAGAGCCAAAAUUCUGGCAAGAAGGAUGAGGACACAAAGAAUUCACCCUCUCCCCCCUCCAGACCGGAGACACCUCCUCUGCAACGUCUCAUGAGGCAGGACCCCUUGCCUCUGUUUCUUCAAAAGAAACAACACACCCCACCAAAGAAACUUUUUAAGGAUGGAUUUUUUCCAACCAAGUUUCCCAUACCUCCUAUGACUCUGUCUGCAAUGUCAGUUAUCAAAAAUGCACCAACACAUCCAAAGCAGACUAUGGCCAAAGCCAAAAUGUACUCUAAUAAACUACCAAAGUCGUAUCCUACCCCAUACACACAUUCUUCAGCAGCCAAAUCCCCCUCCUCCAUCCACCACUCCCAUCAUGUGUCCACCUCCCCCUCCCCAAGAACACUUCUGGAGGAACAGCCCCUGGACUUAUCCAAGAAAGCAAAUGACAAAAAUGAUCGUAGCGAUCGAAGUGAUCGCAGUGCUAGCAAGUCUCAGUACAAAAGUAGUUCUAAUGGACACCAUUCCUCUGGAAGGCAUCACAUGUCAGAACAUCAUUCCUCCGGAGGGCACCACUCUUCUUCGUCUGGAGAUCGUGAUAUUCCAUCAACAUUGCAAAGUCUCCAGCAAAGAUUUGGAGGAAAUCUUCACAUGCGGUCGGUUAGGAAGCCCAUCAGCGGGCUUCUCCCAGUGUCAUCUGGCAUAUCCAAAUCUCAUAGUCCUAUGCAUUUAAAUAGCAGUAGUCAGGUAAAGAAUUCCAAUAUUGUUAAGAAAUCUCAUGCUGGCAGUGUGAUUAAGCCACCACAGAUACAUAGUCCUAAUCAUUCCUCAAGACUUGAGAAAAACAUAGAGAAAUCAAAAUGUUCAUCUACAGGUUCAGAAAAAGACUCAUCUCCGUUACUUCCCGACACUGAUUUGAAUUCCAAUAUAACCUUGAAGGGGAGUGAAUGUGAUAGUCUAACUGAUGACUGUAAGUAUACAAUGCACAGAUGUACCUGUCUGAAAACUUACAACUCUUUGUAUGGUUUGAGUAUACAUCUUCAGGAGACCGGACAUUCACCUGCCAGUACCAAACAGGCAGCCAUCAUGGAAUACCCGAAACUGGUGCGAGGACAGGACAUGUGGCUGAACCAGGAGUCGGAACACACCAAACGCAUUCUUCGCUGUAUGCAAUGUGGAGAAUCCUUCAAGUCUCUGCCAUUGCUAACUGUUCAUAUGAUGCAGACACAACAUUACACAAAAAUUGUCAGUUCCGAGCAUGGCCGACGUUCACACAAAUGUUCAGCGUACUGCGACCGAGAGAUGGACCGCGAGUGUAUAUUCAAAUGUAAGGUAUGUAACAGUACAUUUAGUGACAUGGAGGGACUGGCAAACCACAUGAUCAUGUCGGGCCAUCACAAGAAAAACAUUCUUCGGUCACAUAAUUAUCUCAAUGAUCUUGCAUUUCGUGGUCGACGGAAGCGAUAUUACAGUGACGAAGAAAGUUUUGAAGGUCUAGGAAAUCCUAAUGUUGCAUCAUUUCUGAAUUACAAGCGUAAAUGUCUUAGUCAUCCGGUUACUCCACCAAUGAACGGCCAUCGCCACUUUGCUGACAGCCCAGACAGUGAACACCCAGAGGACAGUACAAUAAGCUGUGAGAACUGUGGCGACCGUAUAGAGACUCAGUUCUUUGUUGAACAUGUGAGGCUAUGUCUCCGUACAAAGCAAACUGGUUUUGAAAGAUCAAGGAUGAGUCUAUUCAAGGAUGAAGUAAGUUCUAUUAAGUCGGAGAAAUCCCACGAUUCUCAGGACCUAGAAGAUGUAGAUGAAGAGACUGCUUCAAUGUUUGACAGACCAGAUGAUUCGGAGGAGGAAAUGGACACAAAGCCAGAUAUACAGGAACUGGAUUUGUCUCUGAAUAAACAGAAAGUGCUGAAUACCUCCGACAAAUCCAAGGAAACCAAAAGUGGUGAAAGUAGUGAAAGUGGUGACAAAUCCCACAACGAAAUUAGCACAAAAGAGGAAAAUGGUGAUGAUGGACGAGAGGAAAGCAAAAAAUGUGUAAAUUCUAAGGAACACAUUGAUGAAGAUGUAUCUAUACCAUCGCCGAUUAUAGGCAAAGAAGAAGUCAAGGUUAAUGAAAAUGACAAGUUAAAUGAAAAGGUCAUGGUUAAUGAAAAUGACAAGGUUAAUGAAAAGGUCAAGGUUAAUGAAAUGGAAAAGGGGGUCUCAUCACCUCAUCACAAAUCUCCACUUCACAUAGCAGACAAAAUAGAGGACUCCCCAAGAAAAAGUCCUGAAAAAACAACAGAGGACAAAAAAAAGUCCUCGGAAGAAAAAAAUGAUUUGAAGAAUUUACGUGUGAAAGUAAAAAAGGAAGAGGUAUCGGAAUGUGACAUAUCUGAAAGAUCUAAGGUGCUGAAAAACACUAAUUCGGCUAAGAAUCUAGAUAUAAUUGACCCAGGUCGGGCAGUUGAGGACAUGGAAGAUAAUUCUGCCCUAAAGGCUAUGGAAUCCUUUAUUCAAAAGAGCUUUUCCUCAAAGUUUGACUAUCACAGGGGUAAUAUGGUGUUCAAUACCGGUGAGAAAACACUUCUAAAGCCAUCAGUUUACCGUGAUGACAAAGAACAUAGACAUGGCGCAUUGUACCGCUUUGAGAAAUAUAGAAAAUAUUUUCAACAGGAUGAACCUCGCAACAAUGGAUCAGUGAAAAAAUGUUCUAGUGAUGUACAGGACACGCUGAAUGUAUGUCUUCAGCCAUCCUCCUCCAUAUCUAGUGCAAAGGAUGAUCUGAAAAAGUUGGAGAAAAUGUGUGAAAGUGUUCGUAAGCCAGUGAGUCCUUCAACAGACAAUGAGGAAUCGCAAAGCACCGGCAAUUCUGAAAAUGGUGAAACUUUGGCCAGUAAAUAUCUGAACUGCGAGGAGGAAGAUAAUAACAGGCCAACUAAAGACUCUCGGGUGGGGUCAUCAGCUCUUGACUCACUGAGCAGCUUUGUGUAUGGGCAGCCUCUUAAUAGUGAACAUCCGCUCGACAGUUUGCAAAAACUCAUCACCAAAACAGACCUACCAAAGCUUCUCGCUUCUUCCCAGUCCAUCAAAUAUCUCCGACAGUCUGAGUCGCCUGACUCCGGACUGCCACUGAAUCUGUCCCUUAAAAAGGGCCAGGAUGAUGACACAAGUGACAUCUUGGAGCGGGAGGGGUUUUCGGACCAUGAGGGUAGCCAGCAUAGUGGUAGUGAAAGUGAUGGAACUGCGGAGUAUAGAUGUGCUGCAUGUAGCAGACAUUUCGCAUCCAAAGGGUCAUAUCGCUACCACCUUAGUCGCUGUCAUCUUUCCUCGGUUAAACGAUACGGCAUCAAAGAGGCGUUCAAUAUGAGCCCGUAUGUCUACCUCCCACUUGAUCACACUGCGAAGUUCUCAAAGUACUAUGAAAUGGCACAUGAAUUAGCUAGCAAGGGGAAAUAACCUUUAUCUACAAAAUUUAUAAUUCCAUCUUAUUCAUUUAUAUGCUUUAUAUACCACUGCCCAAAGAAAACUCUUUUUCAACUAUUUUUGUCAUGAAUAUCCUUUGAUAAGUAUUUUUUAUAGAAUUCCUAGGUAUUGUCCAACAGGAUUAGGGAUAUACCAUUUUGAUGUUAGUUUUUUGUUGGUAUUUCCCUCUGAUUAAAAUCACCUCCUUAUAAAUAUGCUUCAGACAUUCAAAUGGUAUUUACUGAAAUCCUUGUAUGAAUUGGUUAAUGUGUUAUUGAAUGAAAUGAAUGUUCUUUAGUUACAAACAAUUACUGGUUAAUUAUCUCAAUUUACCAAGCAAUGUCUGUCAGUCCAUUCUUAAUUUUCAAAUAUCCUAUUGCUGAUUGACGGAGCCAAAUAUAAAACCAAAUAAAAUAAGGUAAUUUUUUCAAAACUUUUAGUUGAUAUCCCAGUCAGCGUUUUUUUUAUACAUUCCUUGUCGAUGUCACAUAAUAUCACGGAAGUUUUCAGAUAAGAGAUUAGAUAUUUUUCGGAACGGCACAAGAUAUUGUUACCAUAAAAGUUUUUUGUUAUGGUUCCCACAUUUGGUUGCGUCAGAAGUAUGUAAGGGGAGGUGAUUUUGAUUUUUUUUCUGAUAAGUAAGAAUUCCAUUGCUCCUCAGGGUCUUGUGGGGGUUUGGGUCGUAGCAAUUGACACAAACACUCUAAACAUUUUACAUAAAAUGUUUUCCCUUAAGAUAAUUCUUUGUAGUAAAUUGUUUGCUAUAAUAUUAAUUUCAAUUACAGCUUCUCUAUAUUUUAAUCAAAUUUUUUGUCAACAAUCUUGUCUGAGUUUAUGGUUGAAAUUACAUGUAUCGUUAGAGGUCAUUACUAGAUGUUACAUACAAGGAAAUCUGUCCAAACUGACAAACUACAUGUAAUAAUUGGUCAGAUUAUGCAGAAUGUCAGAAAUUGUAGGUCUUCUUUGGUUGUUUUCAAAAGAGAUAGUUCAGCAGCAUAUUAAAUUAAAGGAGUUGUCGGAUUACACAGGGGGUCAGAUUAGACAGAUUUCGCUGUACAUUUGAUCAUUUGUGGAAUUUCAACUUGCUUUAUAUGUUACAUACAGUAUGACAGGCUCACAGCAUACAUGAUAUUUUCUUGUUGGAGUUUCUUUUCUUUUUUUUGAAAAGGUGAUAAGGUUAAAGAAUAAUUUUGCAGAUAUUUUUUAGCUUAAACACCUUUAACACUGUCUACUUUCUACGUCAUACCUAGGACAGGUAAAGUGGGGCUGAUAUUUAACAGGAUAGGAUACAGAUAAAUUACAUGAUAGGGUACAGAUAAUAAAAAUAAUGUAGGAAGGGCAUUUAUCAUCCCAAGUGUGACAUUCAUUAGUACCAGCCAUACAAAUCAUUGACGUGGUGACGAGAAAUAACAGCUGUCUUAUAUAAAACCUAUAUACAAUCCGGGAUCAGGUGGAUACUCUUACACUUUAUGUUACAUGUGUAUCAUAAUAGAAUCAAAUCUCCUACCAAAAUUUACAGAAUAUUUAGAGAAAUCGAAAGUUGUCGGGAGCAUAAGGCAUGAUAUUUAUGAUGAUGAAAUCACUUACAAUAGAAGAUAAAUAGGUUUUCCUUUUUCUUGUAUUAAUUAAAAAAUUUGUAAUUCAUCAGAAAUUCUGCACUGAUGUUAGUGAGUAUGAAGAAGUAUGAUUUGGUGUGUAGGAGCUACAUGUUGGUGGAGACACUUGGAUGACCUUGUCAGUGACCUUGAAAAUUUGUGUCUGUCCUGCCAGUAAGAUUGGCACAGAGGACAGACAGGGAGUCUUGAUUCGUGUACAGCUGUCGUGUGUGAUAUGGUCCAGAGACAACAACUGUAUCCGUACUACAAAAACAUCAUAUUUACACAUAAGUAGACUCAUCUGCUCUGUGAUACAACUAUAAAAUUUUGGCGAAUAUCCAGGUUUUAUUUCAGUCAUAUUUCAGUUAGAGUAGCGAAAGUUGAAUCCAUGCAGACAUGGUCACUAAAGCUCUUUAAGUCAUGUAUUAAGUCUUUGUGUCGGCUAGAACUCCUGACAAAUAUGCUUAUCAAUAUAGAACAUGCAUCGGGUUUCAUCAUCAUAGAAUGGUCCCUAUACUAGAAUUCUAUUUCUUAUGCUUUCUAAAGUAAAUUAAUUAUCUUCUCUUUUUAUUAAGUACCAUAGAGGUAAUUUGUUACUCUGUUCCCUAAAACUAUAGGUACCUUAAACACAGAAGAAAAAAACUUCCAGCCAUCAAGAUUUUAUUUAUUUUUAAUGGUUUCCUGGAUCUGUCUGACAACAAAUCCUUAUUCUUGUCUAAUUUCAGGAAGUCACAGAACAAAACUUGAUAAAAAGUCUGAAUUUAACAUCACAAGAUUUACUUGCUAGAUUUUUUUUUUUAAAUCUAAAUCCUUGUAUGACUAAGAAAUGUUGGCUGAGUAAGUUUGAAUUAUAAAUCUUUCAGACCAUCAUAGUCUUGUUAGAUAAGAAUCAUAUGUUUUUGUGUUUUGUUUUGUUGUCGCUUGCAUGAUUGAUAUGUUUUAGAAAUUAAGAUUAAUAGCUAAAACGUAUUUAUAUGAUAGCGCUUCUUAAAGCUAUGGAGGAGUGUAUUUAUGAGAUUAUUUCACUCAGAUUUAUGGCUAAGCACGGUUAUGAAAUGACAAUUUCCCUCUUUAACAGGAUGUAUGCAUUGAGUAAACGGAAGUUUCAAUUUUCCUUGAUGGAAUCUUCUGCUGUAUUUUUAAAUGGCAAUUAUUUCUUUAACUUUUUAAUUAUUUACACUAUUUUCACUGAAGUUAUUAUCUGAUAUACAGCAAUCUAUUUUUUUUUUUUUCAAUGUUUAUUAUUUGUUACUGAUCAUGUUGAAUAUCAUUUAAACAGAUAUUUAAACAACUACACAAACACUGUUUUAAUUGUAUGAUUGACUUUUUUUUUUUUAAAUUUUUGAAACCUCUUUCUAAUUCAUCUUCUUGACUUUCCAACAGAAUUUAACACAAAUACAUUUUCAUGGCUGGCUGACUUUUCCUGUUAUAUCAGGUGUCUCUUGUAAUUUCCCUAUUGAGAAUUGAUAUAGUUUAGAUUUCCUGCCAGAUGUUUGAAGGAACUCCUGUUUGGGGUUAGAACGACUUGUAAGUUAUUGUAUGUUUUAUUGAAUAUCAAUCUCCUUGAUUAACAUUGACUAUUAAAUUGAAAGUUUAGAAAAAUGACAAUUUUCUGUGGAAAAGUAAAUAUUUUAGAAACAACAGAAAAUGUUUCAGUAUUACAACUUGUUAAGAAGAUCAGUCUGAGGAGCCGUAUAUCAUUCUCAACUGAAAACAAGAGACCUGUUUUAAACAAUUUGACACAAUCUCAUGAUAAAUACCUGUGUAUUUUAUAUCCCUUUGGCUCUCCUUAAUUUCACAAUCAAUCAACUAGCACUUCCCCCUCUACAUCCCCCCAACACGUGUGUAGUGAGGUGUGUAUCCUAACCACAAACCUGACAAGACAAUAGUGGGACGUCCAGGUGUUUCUGAUGAUAGAUCUGUCAGUCAGCCUCAGUACCAGGGAGAGGGGGAGGAAAAUGUCACAUCGUCACAUCUCGUAACCUAGACAGGAAUACCUUGUAGCCUGGUAUAGUACGACCUCAGUGGUAUCUCUUCAUUUAGAAUCGGAGGUGGGGUGGGAGGAAAACAUGGGGAGGGCACGCCACAUAUAGCUGAGGAGUUAUGGGUCGUGACAGGUGUACUUUUGUUUACUACAGAGACUAAAGAUGGCGCGAAAUCAGUACUAAACCUGUCUGCACUGGUAUAACAUACAUGAGCCUGAGGGUACCUGGGGAGAUGUUUGGAGAGGGGGUUAACUGUACAAGUAUUCUACAUAAACUACACAAACAUGUUGUCAGAAACCUGCUUUAUAUAUUGAGUAUAUUUUGACCUUUGAUAUUUUGCAUGUGUUCUUCUUUAUAUACAUUGUAUUGUGUUAAUAAGCAAAAAUGUCCAUGAUCGUUUUGCCUGGUUAUCUGGUAAUUUGACAUGUUUACUUAAAUAUGCUGGAUUUUUAGGAAAAUUUUACCACUAUAACAAUAAAUAACAUGAAAUUAUUUUUAAAGUAUUGUAUUAGAUUAAAGGUUCAGUCGAUGGUUUCUCACGCGUACAAGGUCAUAUAUGCUUUCUACUUGAGGACUUCAUUGAGAUGUUAUAUAUAACAGAAUCAGGUCUGUUGGACUAAUAGAUGAGAAACAGGAUAGACCUCUCCCUACAUCACCUGGAUUUCUAUAAAACAUUACUCAUAUCCUGUCAGUUUGUCACCUGCUGAUAUACAGGUGGAAUUAUAACCCAGGCGUUAUUGUUCAAAUUGUCAAUUCACAAUUUAUCAUGUAUUUUUUCAAUAGUGAAAGUGUUUCAAAAAGUCCUCGAUACAGAGGCAAACAUGCUGUUCCUAAUGGUGAUACCAUGUAAUGGUUAAAAAAAUUAUGAAAAAUUCAUAAAAUAUUUGCCAUCCCUUAUCAAUUAAAAGUUACUUAACAGGAUUAGAUUUGUGUUCAGUCCCUUGUAGAUGUAGUGCGUUUUAUAUGAAAUCCUAUUCUGAAUACAAUGCUUUACGCCACUAGAGUAAGUAUUAUUAUUAUUUAUUGAUUUUUUUUUUAAUUUCCAAAGAAUAAGUCCGUACAGAUACCAAAGAUAAUGUUUGUGAAUUGAUAAUUCACUGACUUCAUACUUACAUCAUUUCUCAUUUGUUUCUAAAAUCUUGCAAUGUCAAAUGUUCAUCUGAUAAGCAUAAUUUCAUUGUCUGAAAUCCAUCUCUUCCUUGUUUUGUUAGUAGUGGAGGUAUGUUAUGAAGAGAAAGAAACAAGUAAUUAAAUGAAGGUUGUUUUUCUCUAUAAACUACUUAUAGAAGGUUUUAAUUUUCAAAUUCUCCCAGAGAUUUGUUAUGGAAUAUAAUGAUUGUUCAUGUUUUUUAUCGAUGUUAAAUUUUUUUGCAUGCACAAAAUCUGCAAUAUAUACCACAAACAGUUGUUUUACAAAAUGUGUCAUGCAUGUAAGGUGCAUUGUUGUGUUAUAUUUUUAAUUCACAUUUGAGAUGAAUAAUCCAGGUGAAAUUGAUUAUACCUGUGCAAGGGACUUUCUCAUUUUUACAUCUAUAUGUUAUAAACAUGUAAUUGUUUAUUGAAAAAUGGCUGUAAAGGUUUCCUCUGCAAUAUAAAACCUUGUUUAACAUAUCGUAUGUGAUAGAGCACAACAAACGUGGUAUUGUGGUAGGCCUACAUCAUCUCAAACAUUUUUGUUCUAUUAUUAAAUGGUAAGUGAUGCAAUAUGGCUAAAUCAUUCAUGACAAUGUUUUCUCUUUCAAUGGUUUUCUUUUCUUUUGAAAAAUUUGUUUUCAUAGGAGGGGAGGAAACUCCUGUUUACAAAUUAGAAAAGUAUGAUGUUUUACAUGUAAAUGUUAGACCCCUUAUAUUUUAGCAGAAUUUCCAUUAUAAGUAAUUUCCGGUCUGUGGAUUUGUAAAUAGAAGCAUGUACAUAUCCUAUUGAUAUAUUAUUGAAUUUGUAUAAUUAUAUAUAUUUUCCGUCAAACCUAUUCAAUAAUGGGCGACGACGGUCUUAAAGAAAUCCCAUAGCUUUUUACUGAAACCAUUUUUGCAAUAUAUAUGUAAGUGCUUACAAUUGUUUAUGGAUAUAUAUGGUAUUAUACAUAUUUGUAUAUAAUAUAUAAUAAUAUUAUAUAUAUAUAUACAAAUUUAUAUUCAGUUUGAGAACACAAAAUAAUUUACAUAUCGUUUGUUGUGUCUUUAAGGCAUUUAUUUUGUAAAUCCACAUGUAGAAAUAGAGAGGACCACAUUGAAGAAUACGUGUAAUGUUGAGUUAGAUGCCAUGAUGGGUGAAUGGUAUUUUGAAAUCUCCCCUCUUUGAAGGUAAAUCAUGCAAUAUAUUUGUUAGAAAAGUACAAAUAUUUAAGUAUUUAGGUUCACUGAAGGUGAUCAAGUUUCACUUCAAAGAGUUGGGAACUUCUUGUGUAAAAUUUUAAAGAUUUAAACAUUUCAUCGUAAAUAUCAUACCUUUCAGGUAAUAACCAUGAUUACCAUUAAGAAUAAAGAGAAUUAUCAGUAAU